AUGCAGGCGCGGCGUCUAGCCAAGCGCUCCAGCCUGGGCAGCCGCCGCGGGGGCGCCGCGCUGCAGUCCCCGGGGCCGGCGCCCGCGCCCGCCAAGGAAGUCGCCUUGCCCGGGCUCCCGUCCCCCGCCCCGGGCCGGGCCCCGGAGAGCUGGAGGCCGCCGCUGCCGCCGCCGCGCACCGCCGGGACCGGCCCCCCUCGGGCCGCUGGGGCCGCUGCUGCCUCCUCGCCGGUGCUCCUGCUUCUAGGGGAGGAAGACGAGGACGAGGAAGGCGGGGGCCGGCGGCGGCGGGGGCUCGGGCGGGUGGAGGAGAAGCCCCGAGGGGGCGCGGAGGAGGAGGAUGACGACGAGGAAGACGAAGACGAGGAGGUGGUCGUCGAGGUGGUGGACGGCGAUGACGACGACGAGGAAGGCGAGGAGCGCUUCGCGCCCCUCGGCCCCAGCCGCGCCGUCCCCAAGGGCCCAGCCCGGGGCGCGUUGAAGGCAGGGAGCAUUAAGCGGGACAUGACCUUCACGUUUCAAUCAGAGGACUUAAAACGUGACUCAAGUAAAAAAAUGUCUCAUCAACACUUGUUCCCCUUGGCCAUGGAGGAAGAUGUGAAAACAGCAGACACCAAAAAAUCUAGCCGAGUCCUUGACCAUGAAAAAGAAAACACUCGCUCCAUCUGUCUUCUUGAGCAAAAACGAAAAGUUGUUUCUUCAAACAUUGAUGUUCCUCCAGCAAGGAAAUCUUCAGAAGAAUUGGACAUGGACAAGGUGACAGCAGCAAUGGUAUUAACCAGCUUGUCAACCAGCCCUUUGGUUCGAAGUCCUCCAGUGCGGCCAAAUGAGGGCCUCAGCGGAUCCUGGAAGGAAGGAGGAUGCGUGCCUUCCAGUACCAGCAGCAGCGGCUACUGGAGCUGGAGUGCCCCCAGCGACCAGUCCAACCCAUCCACGCCAUCGCCACCACUCUCAGCCGACAGCUUCAAACCCUUCCGCACCCAGGCUCAGCCUGACGACGGCAUCGACGAGUCAGAGGCCAGCAACCUCCUCUUUGAUGAGCCCAUUCCCAGGAAAAGAAAGAACUCCAUGAAAGUGAUGUUCAAAUGCCUCUGGAAAAACUGUGGCAAAGUGCUGAGCACCGCAGCAGGCAUCCAGAAACACAUCCGGACUGUUCACCUUGGGCGUGUUGGGGACUCUGACUACAGUGAUGGAGAAGAGGACUUUUACUACACAGAGAUCAAGCUCAACACCGACUCGGUGGUGGAUGGACUGGGCAGCCCAGCCCCAGCGUCUCCCUCCCAGUCCUUGGCUUCACCUCCUGCUUUCCCUAUCCCCGAUUCAAGCCGAACGGAAACUCCUUGUGCCAAAACUGAGACUAAACUGAUGACGCCCUUGAGCCGCUCUGCUCCCACCACCCUCUACCUCGUGCACACCGACCAUGCUUACCAGGCCACACCUCCAGUGACCAUUCCAGGAUCGGCCAAGUUCACCCCCAAUGGCAGCAGCUUCAGCAUUUCCUGGCAGUCUCCUCCAGUUACCUUCACAGGCAUUCCAGUCUCACCAACACAUAACCAUCUGAUGGGCACAGGAGAGCAGAGACAGCACGCUCACACAGUCCUGUCCUCCCCACCCAGAGGAACCGUCAGCCUAAGAAAGCCCAGGGGAGAGGGCAAGAAGUGCCGGAAGGUGUAUGGCAUGGAGAAUCGAGACAUGUGGUGUACCGCCUGCCGCUGGAAGAAGGCCUGCCAGAGGUUCAUUGACUGAGAGACACCACCCACCAGGCGGAGAGGCCGCUGCGCCCCAAGCUACUCCUGCCCUCUCCUUCCACUGCAGGUUUUGAAAAGCGCUUUUCCUUCCAAACAAAAUGCACUUAAAGCCCAGGAAAAGCUCUUCCCGGAAACUUGGUGGAAUUACAGCAAAAAAAAGUCACUACCCUGACUGCUCUGACUGAGAAUCCAGCCUAGAGCAGCUGUGACCUUCAUUUCCUUCAAAAGAAAAGCCACCCUUUUUUGCCGUAUGUCUCAGUCUUAUAACUGUGAACUUCUGUAGCAAUUGAACCAACAAAGCCCUUUUUUGCCUAGUAAGGAGGCGAAUUUUGAUAAGCUUUCUGAAUAAUGCCGUUUCCGACGUUUUUUGACACACACACGAAAAUAAGCUACACGUUAUUCAGUAGCAUUUGUACAAAGAACAAUACCUACUUUCCUUGUGAAUAGUCAUUUUCCUGUUUUCCACUCGCCUUCUUGGAGCAGUUCACAUCAUGAUGUGUUGCAAGAACAUGCCUCACUCUGGGUAUCUUUUUUUUUUUUUUUUCAAUGGCCCCAAACUGAACCAUGGUAGAGCUGAUAGCUUGGAGGGCCCAGAAUGGCAUGAAUUCGAAAAGAGAAUAAUAAUGGAAAUCACCAGCAGACUUCAGCCUCAAGUUGAGUUCAGAAAUCCAGCUGUCACUGUUGGGAAAUAUCUUGGAGUUUUCCAUGGGUUUGUAAGAACUGCUUCCCCAAGAGGUAGCACAGCGGAUUCUCUGCCUGCCUCCACCCAGUCCAGCACUGGCACGUGUAAGCCAUCUGGGUAAGCCUCGAUGCUUCUUUCAGGGACGUGAUGCAGACCUCAGCUUGGAUCUGUUUGUCACUGUUUGUCAAGUUGUUGCCAGGUGAAUGGGUCCUUUCUUCAGAACUCCACCACUGACUGAUUUCAGAAAGGGUCGAGAACUCCAAACUGUCCCAGCAGGUUUGCUUUAAACAGCAGAGCACAGCCUCCAUUCACGUCCCCAGCUGUUCAGAAAGUCAUAUUAGGUCAACAAACCAACUUCCAUUCUGAGUGCACUUUUAUAGGUUUUAUGCUUUAGCAUGUCUGGGAGAUGGGUUGAUGAACAAUAUAAACGUUAUAUGGAUAAA